AUGAGCUCUCAAUUUUGCGCCAGGAACUUGCUAACAAGCUGCUCAAAAGUUUUUACGGCAGAGCGCAACAACGCAUGGAGAGCAAGUUUGGGUAAAAUAAGUCGUCGAGACUAUCUUCACAGAUAUCAAGUCAAAUUCAUCCGUCCCGAUGGAUCGACUAUUAUGGUGCCGGCCAGUGAACCAAGACAGACAUUCCAAUCGGCGAUCGAUUUGAAACAACUCAGCGAAGACGAACGACGACAGAGACUGGCGGCACGCAAACCGAAGGCUAAGAUUACCAAGACGGAAGUUAUCGAUGACACCUUCGAUGAGAGCGAGUAUAUGAAGUUUUGGUCGGCGUCGGGAGCACAGAAGACGUCGAAAAAUUAG